CCACAGCGUGACGACUGUGGGGUGUACCACGCCAAGAAAAUCCGAUCAUGACGACGUUGUGGAGCUCGUCGUCCGAGGCAGCCUGGGUGGCGCUCUGGGCUCGCUACGACGAGGUGCUGCAGGCGCAGGUUUGUUUGAUAUUGCUCUAUGGAAAGGAUUUCAGUCGCCACCCACUGACAUUUCCACCUCCAGAACAAGAGCGACCUGGCGACGCUGGAUGCCUGGUAUCUGGCCACUUUUCCGCCAAUUGUACGGGCGCGUGGGCCUGAGCCGUACGUGACGCAACAGGAGCUGCAACACCUCAUGGAAUGGAAACUCAAGAAGGGAAAAUGGUGCGUCUGCAGCUGAUGGGUCCUCCGUUAUAUAGAAACCGCCUCUUGACUCGCUGCAAUGUGUAGGCGACCACAGCUCAUGAAAUUCGUGUCGGGGUUGAGCGAGAGCGACGUCAAACAGGCCUCAUUGAACGCGUUUAAGGAGCUCAAGAGCGGGGAUCUACGCGCUGCUACAGAUGCAGUAUGUGUCCUGAAAGGGGUGGGACCGGCCACGGCGUCGGCAGUGCUGGCAGCGUACGAUGAGAACGUGCCGUUCAUGGCGGACGAAGCGUUGGAGGCGAUCGCGGGCAUUAUUGGCCCGCGCAAGUACACGCUGCCGCACUUUCUGAGCUUCGCCGAGCAGUUACGCGCCAAGGCCAAGUGGCUGAACGAACAGCGAGCUGCAAACGACGACGAGAAAGCCGGAAACGCCGAAUCGUGGACAGCACAGCGUGUGCAGUUGUGUCUUUAUGCCGAGGCGCACGACGGAGCUGCAACUGGUUCCGUCCACAGCAAGAUGAAGGCAACCUCUCCUGCUACGAAGCGGAAGCGUGAUAAGUCCGUGACGCCACCAUCUGCCAAGAAGAAAAACGAAAAACCACAGGAAGAGCCCGCGAAAGACCAAGAUCAGUCACUACGCAGGUCACAGAGGAAGCGACAGCGUCCAUCGGCCUAAUCGUGAGCACAGCCAUAGCCAUAAAUUAGUGAGAUAAUGUAGUAGUGCAGAUAUGGCAACUUCAACAUGGUAUCUUUCAUUCAUUUGGCCUUCC